UCCCAGAACACUCAACCAAACGUCCACAAACACCGACCACCCUGCAGACGGAUUCCGGUCACCAUGAGGAGGUCGCAAGAAGGCGCGGUUGCCGCCGGCGAGAGGAAGUACAAGGGGGUACGUCGCCGGAAGUGGGGGAAAUACGUAUCUGAGAUCCGGGUCCCAGGAACCCACGAGCGGCUGUGGCUUGGCUCCUACACCACCCCGGAGGCCGCCGCGGUGGCCCAUGACACGGCCGUGUACUUUCUCAGAGGGCCGGACUGUUCGGAGACUCUCAAUUUCCCCGACCGCGUGGCGAUGUACGCGUGGACGGGGUUGUCGCCGAGGUCGAUACAGAGGGUGGCGUCCGACUCCGGGAUGGCCAUCGAUGCGCAGUUGGUGGUCCGAGAUGCCGUGGCCGGGUCUCAGCCGCCGACGCAGAGAGCAGAAGUUGGUGCAAUAGAGAGCGUCAAUUCGAGAGAAGGUGGAGAUCAACAUGGUUUGCAUGAAGUGAUGAGUACUGAAUUCGUCGGAGAUAUAUGCAUUGAUGACAUGGAUCUCUACAUGUACAAUUGUUAUCAGUAGUUAAUUAUUUGGAAUUGAAGAGCUAGACUUGAUGCCAUAUCAGAAGUUCCCUGUAGGGGGAUGAGACUGAGGGCUUUUAAUUUCUAGGAAUUCUAUACAUAUAUUACCACUCCUUGGUUUUGGAGGGAGGAAGCAUAUGUUGCAAGGCCUUAUUUUAUCCAAUUCAAAUGGAGGGAAUACGCUGUGACUUUUGCUA